AUGAAGCUAGUGGACGUAAUACUUCAAGUGAGCAUUUUGAUGCUACUGACGCCUUUCACCAGUGCGUUCUAUUACUACAGCAAUGGCGGCGAACGCAAAUGCUUUUACAAAGAACUGGUGGAAGGAACGUUACUUCAGGGCAAGUACAACGUGGAAGUCUACGAUGAGAGUCUAAAGCUCUACAAGGCACCUACCAAGAAUGAGAUCUCGGUUGUUGUGGACGUUGAGGAAGUUUUUGAUGACAACCACAGAGUCAUGAACCCCAAAGGAGGCGCCCGUGGUGAAUUCACGUUCAACGCGCUUGACUCUGGCGAGCACAAGAUCUGUAUACAGCCACAAGCACAAGGCUGGAUGGCGAAGGUCAAAACAAAGGUUGUGAUUGAGUUUGAGACUGGCUCAACUUCCAAUUUUGAUGUGAAAACGACCGAUGGCUACAAACCUCUGCAAACUAAGAUCGAGAUUUUGAAUGAGCGUGUUCUGGAACUAAAAAAAGAGCAGGAACUUGUCAGAGAGCGUGAAGCUAUGUUUAGAAAUGCUUCAGAAUCUGCUAACUCCCGUGCGAUGUGGUGGACGGUCUUCCAGGUUUUCAUCUUGGGUGGAACGUGCGCUUGGCAAUUGAGACAUCUACGCACCUUUUUCGUGAAGCAAAAGAUUUUGUAG